ACAAUAAAAACAUUAUCGAAAAGAAAAAGACGAUGAUGUAAUGUAAUGCUUAAUUUGUCCUUUAUCUUCAAUAAAAACGGGGACUUUCCCCAAUCUUCCCCAAGAGAAAAAGAAACAGCAAAAAACGGUAUCCAAGUUCCGAACUGCAUCAACCUAACUUUGGGAACGGGAAGCAGAAACAUCUUCGCUUCGGUUCAUUCACAUGAUUUGUUCUUCCUCGGACUCUUCGAACAUCAUCCAACUUGUCAAUGGGAAUCAAUUCUCAAGCACUCCCCUCUUGCCGUAUGCCCAUUACGCUGAACGACUCUCGCAGCGGAGCCCCUCAACAGCCCAACAAGAUUAUCUGGUGGCGGAAUGGGAAGAGAGUUCUCGGUGGAAUGGACAGCAAUGUAGAUUGCUCUUCACUGGCUCAAAACUCUAGUAGGAAAAAAAUGUUUCAUGAUAUGAAAGUUGAUGGUUAUAUGCCAAAACAGACCACUUUGUGUGUUUUAAUGCUAUAUUACACAGAGAAUGGCCUCUUUCCUCAGGCACAGCCUAUAUGGGAGCAGCUCCUAAAUAGUUCCUUUGUGCCUUCUGUUCAAUUCAUUUCAAAAUUAUUUGAUGCUUAUGCAAAAUAUGGGAAAUUCAAGGAAGUGAUCAAUUUCCUACGUUAUGUGGAUAUGAGGAAUUUCAGUAUAUUACCUGAUGUUUAUGCAUUGGCUAUCUUUUGUUUUGGAAGAGAAGGACAGCUUGAGUUGAUGGAAGAUAUGGCAAAGGAAAUGGCUUCAAGAGGUUUCCAUGUCUGUUCUAGGACUGCUAAUGCUUUCCUUAUGUAUUGUAGUAUUUUUGGUUCUUUGAAAGAGAUGGAGAAUGCGUAUGGCCGCCUUAAGAAAUCUAAAUUUCUGUUAAAGGAGGAAGCAAUUCGGGCCAUGGCCUCUGCAUAUAUAAAGGAGAGAAAAUUCUAUGAAUUGGGUGAAUUUCUUAGAGAUGUGGGUCUAGGUAGGAAAAAUGUAGGAAGCCUUUUAUGGAACCUUAUGUUACUUUCUUAUGCUGCCAAUUUCAAAAUGAAAAGCUUGCAGAGAGAAUUUAUUAAAAUGGUGGAAUCUGGGUUCCGUCCUGAUAUUACGACCUUUAAUAUCCGCGCUCUAGCCUUCUCAAGGAUGGCUUUGUUCUGGGACCUCCACCUUAGCAUUGAACAUAUGGAACAUGAAAAUGUCAUUCCUGAUCUAGUUACUUUUGGGUGUGUAGUUGAUGCAUACUUGGAUAGAAGGCUUGGGAGGAACUUGGACUUUGCUCUGAACAAAAUGAACUUGGAUGAUUCUCCACAAUUGUUGACAGAUCCGUUUGUAUAUGAGGCCUUAGGUAAAGGGGACUUUCAAAUGAGUUCUGAAGCAUUUUUUGAGUUCAAGACACAAAGGCAAUGGACUUACCGUGUUUUGAUACAAAAGUAUCUCAAGAAACAUUAUCGAAGGAACCAGAUAUUUUGGAACUACUAACUAAUUGCGAGAUAUUUAGGUCCAAUUCAAGUUCUAGCCAGGAUUUGAAUCUUACAUGUACAGCUUCGUUACACACAGACCUUCACUAUGUGGUUAACUGAAACAAACUUUUACUUAUGGUGGAUGCACUUGACCUUGAGGGUUAAGUGUCAAGGUGGAAACACCCUAAACAUUGGGUUAAAAAGCACAGUAUGAUGCAUAUUUGAGGUUGAAUGGAACAUCAGAUGCAUCCUAUCUUGAAGAAAGCUUGGAGGAACAGAAAGUUGGGGCUCUUGACAUUGAAGCCCUUGUUUCCUGGGACAAGUGAUGUAGAUUGUAGACCAGCUCAGCAGAAUUAUCAGUGUUUUGGAGAACCUCAAUGAGGGAGCUUGGCUUGGUUAUUCCAAAUCCAACCUACCUGAUUAUGGAACAAUUUCAUUUGGUAAUGUGGAAAAUCCUACUAUUUUUUUUAGUUAUUCAGUUAAACCAAUGAUUAGUUAACCACCAUCUUAUUUGGGAAAUACCAUCUUUUUCUUAACAAAAUCUGCAUCAUUUGAUCCAAUAACUUAUCGUUAGAUAGCAACAAAUAUGAUAAAUAUUGAUAACUCAUAGAGUAUUAGAACCGAAAAAUAUUAUGGAUUAUUGGUUAUAAGCCAUCUCUGGUAAUGCAUGUUCAAUUGCUCCCCUAGUGAAGUCUCCGUAGUGCAAAGACUGGUUUGUUUUGGUCUAGCUAAGAGAGCCACAGCAAUGGAGUUAGUUCAGGACAAGUACUUCAGUGAAGAACCUCUUCCUUUUCCAAUCUCAAGUAGUACAUGAUGUCUACCAAGCUUCAAUCAGGUUUCAUUUCAUGAUAAUGUAGAUAAAAUACUUGUAUAACAAGCUGAUUUACGUAAUGCAGAAGCCAUUCUUGUAUAGUCUUUAAACCUGUUUAGCUUUCUUAUUGGUUUGCUUACUUUAUUAUUUUAAUAGACGUGGGAGGGUAAACAAAAUAGCAAUAUAUUUGCUUCAAAAUGUCAUAAUCAAGAAAGUAUUCAAUUUCUGAAUGUGGGAGGUAAAGAAAAAUGGCAAUAAGAAAUGGAUUCGGGUUAAAGUUUA